GGCACCCGGGCCGGGCGUCGGGGCCACACGUCCGUUCGCCGGUCGCCCGGGCUGUGCGCGCCAUGGAGUCACGGUGCCCGCCGCCCUGCGGCUGCUGCGAGCGGCUGGUGCUCAACGUGGCCGGGUUGCGCUUCGAGACCCGCGCGCGCACGCUCGGCCGCUUCCCUGACACGCUGCUGGGGGACCCGGUGCGCCGCAGCCGCUUCUACGACGGCGCGCGCCGCGAGUAUUUCUUCGAUCGACACCGGCCCAGCUUCGACGCGGUGCUCUACUAUUACCAGUCGGGAGGGCGGCUGAGACGGCCGGCGCACGUGCCGCUCGAUGUCUUCCUGGAGGAGGUGUCCUUCUACGGGCUGGGCGCGGCGGCGCUGGCGCGGCUGCGGGAAGACGAAGGCUGCGCGGUGCCCCCGGAGCGUCCGCUGCCGCGCCGCGCCUUUGCGCGCCAGCUCUGGCUGCUCUUCGAGUUCCCCGAGAGCUCGCAGGCUGCGCGCGUGCUCGCCGUGGUCUCCGUGCUUGUCAUCCUGGUCUCCAUCGUGGUCUUUUGCCUCGAGACGCUGCCAGACUUCCGCGACGACCGCGAUGACCCGGGGCUCGCACCGGUGGCGGCUGCCACUGGCCCGUUCCUCGCUCGUCUGAAUGGCUCCAGCCCCUUGCCAGGAGCUACUGCCCGCCCGCCUUUCAACGAUCCCUUCUUUGUGGUGGAGACUCUGUGCAUCUGCUGGUUCUCCUUUGAGCUGCUGGUGCGUCUGGUGGCCUGCCCGAGCAAAGCUGUGUUUUUCAAGAACGUGAUGAACCUUAUUGACUUCGUGGCCAUCCUGCCUUACUUUGUGGCACUGGGCACUGAGCUAGCCCGGCAGCGGGGUGUGGGCCAGCCAGCUAUGUCCCUGGCCAUCCUAAGGGUCAUCCGAUUGGUGCGCGUCUUCCGAAUCUUCAAGCUAUCCAGGCAUUCGAAGGGCCUUCAGAUCUUGGGUCAGACGCUGCGGGCUUCUAUGCGUGAGCUAGGGCUCCUCAUCUUCUUCCUUUUCAUCGGCGUGGUCCUCUUUUCCAGCGCAGUCUACUUUGCUGAAGUGGACCGGGUGGACACCCACUUUACCAGCAUCCCGGAGUCGUUUUGGUGGGCGGUGGUCACCAUGACCACAGUUGGCUAUGGAGACAUGGCGCCCGUCACAGUGGGUGGCAAGAUCGUGGGCUCUCUGUGCGCCAUCGCGGGUGUGCUCACCAUCUCCCUGCCCGUGCCCGUCAUUGUCUCCAACUUUAGCUACUUUUACCACCGGGAGACAGAGGGCGAAGAGGCAGGGAUGUACAGCCAUGUGGACACACAGCCCUGCAUCACGCUGGAGGGCAAGGCUAAUGGGGGGCUGGUGGAUGCUGAGGUGCCUGAACUCCUACCACCACUCUGGUCCCCCACUGGGAAACACAUGGUGACUGAGGUGUGAGGGACAGCUGGGGUCUUCA